AUGAAAUUCUUAAAAAGUUUAUUUUUGAUUACCGCUUUACUUUCAGCUUACGUAUUUGCUGCUCUUCCAAAUCCCGGAAGUUUACUUAUUGCGCCAAUUGCUGGAUCGCAGCACGUUUCUGGCCGUAACAUUACCCUCACUUUUAUUCCUGGUGCAGAUUGUCCUCCAUCUUUUGAUUUAAUUAGAAUUGGUAGAGCGUAUGUAAAUGAUUAUCAUGUCCUCGACACUAAUAUCCAAUUGCCACCAGGCCAAAAUCAGUAUACUUUCUCUUACACUAUUCCUGCUGGUCUACCCUCCGAUCCCAGAUUUGUUAUUGGUGGUGGUUCUAAUUGGAAUGUACAAUCUGCAACUUUUGCUGUUAAUAGGCCAAACUUUGGUGUUGUCAUUAAUAGACCUAGUACCAGACAAAGUUAUAGGGCUGGCCAAAGGGUUAAUAUCGCUUGGCGGCCAUCAUCGAGAACUUUAUAUCGAUCCUCCAAUAUAACUCAAUUUCUAAUAUUUGAUAAUGUGAAAAAUACUUGGACUCCUAUCUUGGAUCAAUCUGUUCCUGUUAACUCAGGCAAUUAUAGACUUACUCUUCCUAAUUCUCUUGCAAAACAAAAUGGCUAUCAAUUUGGAAUUCUAGUUGAACGUAAUG